CCACUUCUCCCACCAAUGCAGUCCACGAGCACGAGGAGCGGGAGCGCGCGUGGAGGCGGUCCGCGGCAGGCUCGGUUCGUCUGUAAUCUUUUCUGCUGCUGCCUCCAGUUAAAUAGCGAGGACACGGGAGCGAGCGGCCGCGUGAGGAUUUACUUUUUUUUUUCCGGUACCGAGUGGAUUACGACGCCGACCAGCAGCAUUGACGGCCAGCCACCAGGGCCCACGAUGUCCAGCAGCGAAGUGCAGAGACCGGACGACAGCCCCAGCACGAGCGGGGGGAGCUCGGAUAUCGAACAAAGGGAGACGGUACCGCCCGAGCAGGAGCGAGAGCAAGCACAGCCCAAAAAGAAGGAGACCAAGAUCUCCAGUAAAACCGCUGCUAAACUUUCAACCAGUGCCAAGAGGAUUCAGAAAGAGCUCGCAGAGAUAACACUAGACCCCCCUCCGAACUGCAGCGCCGGGCCCAAAGGGGACAACAUCUAUGAGUGGAGGUCGACCAUCCUGGGCCCGCCAGGCUCCGUGUACGAGGGGGGGGUCUUCUUCCUGGACAUCGCCUUCACGCCCGACUACCCGUUCAAACCGCCCAAGGUGACGUUCCGUACGAGGAUCUAUCACUGCAACAUCAACAGUCAGGGCGUGAUCUGUCUGGACAUCCUGAAGGACAACUGGAGCCCGGCCCUCACCAUCUCCAAGGUGCUGCUGUCCAUCUGCUCCCUGCUCACAGACUGCAACCCAGCCGACCCGCUGGUGGGAAGCAUCGCCACACAGUACCUGACCAACAGAACAGAACAUGACAGAAUAGCUAAACAAUGGACGAAGAGAUACGCAACAUAGGCUGCCCACAGCGGACCCGUCCUCCCCUUGGACCCCCCUCCCCGUCGCUCUCUACCUCUCCCCCUUAGUAUGUCAAAGCACACUCACUAAGUGCAACGGUAAACCUGCCCUCCUGUCGUCGCCCUCCUCCUCCUCCUCCUCCUCGUUUUAUCUACAUUUUCUGUGCAAAGACAAAAAAAAGUAAAACAGAAAAAAAAUUGUCCUUUGUUCCUUGUUGACUUGAAAGCUUCUUUUUUAUACAAAGAGUAGAUUGGGAUUUUUAUUUUCCAAUAUCUGAAUGUUGGAAGUAUUGUAUUGGAGAAAAAAACACAGAAUAAUAUUAUUAUCAUACACGUUGUCCUCCAGCUCUGCAGUAUGUAUUCUCGUUUUCUUAGUAGCACCUGGAACAAACAUGCAGACGAUGCUUUUACUUGGUUUCCCCGGAUUUUGUUUCCUUUUCUGUAUUUGUCCUCGUAUGUUUUCUGCAUGGGUCGGGAAGGUUUGCAUCGGUGGAGUCUUCUCGCUUUUUAACCUCUUCGGAUUUUGUUUGUACUGUAUGUAUUUUUUCAACGGCUUUUGAGGCAGACCACAAAAGUAUAGGUCUGCCUGUGAAAGAGGCAGGACUUGUAUAUUUACUGGCUACCCGCCACCUCUGCGACUGCAGAGUGGUUUGUCGUACACUUGUAUAUCUGACGCACCCAAUAAAA